UUCGGUUAAACAUCAUUUAAUAGCUAAUAUAGUAUUGUCAGUACUAUCACUUGUUAUAUAUACGCAUAUAUAAAAUUUAUAUAUAUACAUACAUAUGUAACUUGACGAAUUUUCUUUUCAGGAGUAUGUAGUAUAAUAUAAGUAAAUAUCAAGAAUUGGAAUAAAAAUGUCAAGAUAUUUGGAAAGAGUACAAGAAAUAUUAAGAAAUGCAGAUAGUAAGAAAGUUGCAAGGAAAAAGAUGUGUGUUCAGGAAUUAUUAGAAUUAUAUGAAAAUGAAGAUGCAAUACUAGAAAUUUGUAAAAGUACAAAGAAAAGAACACAAAGUAUUGUAGAUUGGUCAUAUAUAAUACAUAGUGUCCAUAGGAUAGUAUUAAAUGAAGCAGAUAGACUUGCUAAUAAAGAUUCUUCUAAUAAAGGAGCAAUAACUGAACGAAAUUAUACAUGCAUACUUGUGAAAAAUACAUUUCGACAUGCAAAUUGUCAUAAAGUACCACUUUUAAAAUGUGAAGAUAUAAUGCCUUUAAUUUUACAAAUUUUAGGGACACGUAUAUACGAAUAUUAUCACGAUACUUAUAUAAAUGUGCUAAAUUCUUAUAUACUACCAUUUAGAAUAUAUCAGGUGAACAUGACUCAAGAACAGUGGGAGGAAUUGUUAAAAAUGUGUUUAAAUUUAUAUAAAUGUAUGUCUUCUCCUACAAGUAAAAAAGUUGUUUUAGAUACAUUGCAAAUGAUCAUUGAGUAUGGUUGUUUACAUACAAAUUUAUUUUUAAAUGUAAAAGAAAUACUAUUAUUUUUAGAAAGUAUUUUCCUUGAUACAGAAAGAAAUGGAGAAAUUUUAGCUGAAUCUAGUUACAAAGUUACAUAUACAAUAUGUCAACAAAUUGCAGUAGAAUAUAGAAUUACACUGUGUCAUUUUAGUGAAAAUAUUUUACCGAAUAUAAUCAGAUUGGACAGUUCUGUCGAAAAAUAUAAACUUUUAUUAUUUUUUGUAAAACUUCAUCACCCAAAAGGAGUGUGUAAAACAUGCGAAGGUGCUUAUGCUUAUGAUUGGGGAAAAUGGUACAAUUCUCUUAAAAGUAUGUAUCUAAUGAUUUUGAAAGAUUUUAAAGCUGAUAUACUUUCAAAGAGCUUCCUUUGGUUUGCAAUUGAAGUUUUUAAACAAGUAAUGGAAAAUCCAGAUUUGAUCACUGAAAAAACAUCAUUCAAUAAUUAUGAUUAUAUACAACCAGCAAAACGCAGACGAAUUGCUGUCAAAAUAAAUGGACCGGUUGAUAUGCUUAUUGAUAAUAAUCCAGAAGAAGCUUGGCCCAUGAUACAGGUCUUAACAAUAUUGUUUAAGCAAUAUCCUGAAUGUUUAAAAUCAGAAGAUUUUCCAACAUUUUUAAAAGUUUUAGUGGAUCUUUUUACAUUAUCUCUUAAGAAAGAAAAAAUCAUGAAUAAUUUAUUUGAACUAGCUGCUGUUUUGUUAAUGAAUGAAAAAUUAUGUUCUAUAAUGGAUAUAGAAAAUUCAAAUAUUUAUUGGGACCAAAUAUGGGAUAUUUUAUUAAGAUCAUUAAACAUAAAUCAGAAUGAAAUAUCAACUCAUAAACUCACACAGCUUUUUAUAAUACAUAAUAAAAUAACAAAUCCAAAUGCACUUUUAAAGCUAUAUUUGACAAAUGUCAUUAAAUGGUCUAUUAUGAGUCUUCGUACAUUAAUAGUAAUCUGUGAACAUUUGCCUUUGCCUACUAAUAUGAAAGUAUUUAAUACAAAUGUAUAUUCACCAGCAAUGGAUACAAAUUCUGUUAGGUCAUGUCUUAUAAAAUGGAUAUUAAAUAUUCCUUGGCACGAAGUGGCAACACAGAUAAGAAUUGAUGAACUGUGCUUAUUACUUAUUGGCAUAACAUUAAAGUCAAAACAUCAGAAACAAAUAAAAUUCAAUGAAUAUGAUAUUAAUGACAUAUGUGAUUGUUUAAAAAUUGAACAAAAUACUGAGUCAUUUUAUGAAGACAUCGAACAUUAUUAUUUGUUAUUAAAGUAUAAAAAAAGUGUAUUCACUAAAGAAAAGGUGGAAAAUGCAGAACAAAAGCCAGAAGUAAAUAGAUAUGUACUGUUUAUGGAAGAUAUUAUAACUUAUUUAAUAAACAGUUUACAUGUUAUUAUUGAAGAUGGAAAUAAUGCUCUUCAUAUAAUUAUAAUAAAGAUUGCGGUUGUAGCAAAAGUUUUAUCAAUGAUGAGAGAAUUGAAUAUGGUAUCUAAAAAUAUCGAAGAUUUAUCUUUGAUACAAGCAUUGAAAAAUCAUAUAGACAUUGCUUAUAGUUCAUUGGAAAAAAUAACUAAUCCAUCAAGAAAUAAAUAUAAUUAUUUAUUUAACGUAACAAAAGCACUUAAUACAUUGUAUGGAACAUCAUAUGAUACUGAUAUAGCAAAAAUAAUUGUUACAUCUGCAACAUUCAAAAUGGUAGAAAAGAUAUUUAGUUUAAUGAAUAUUGAGGACAAUGAAAUUUCCGAUUAUAAAACUAAUCGUGAUUAUUAUGAUGGCUAUGAGUCUAGACUAAAUAGACAUAAAUAUUUAGGUAGAGAAGUCGUACAAACAAAGCCGUGUAACUUUUGUGACAAAGGUACAAUAAGGAUACAAACAACAAAAGCUUUAGCAUUAUUCUGUUGUAUAAACUUAAAGGAAAGAAAAUGUGAAAUUCAAAUAAAACUUAUGGAUAACUUGCUUAAAAUUGAUAUGUAUGAUCUUUCACAUACAGUUGAUUUUAUGAUGGCUAUAACAGUUUUAAAAUCUCUAUCAAAAUAUGAUAAAGAAGAAUUAUCGAAAAAUCAUAAUGAACUACCAUUGAAAAAUUUGUUGCAAUUAUAUCACGAAUGCUAUAAAGAUGAAACAAUUACACGUUAUAUAUUAAAUGUUUUACCAUAUUUCUUUAAUUAUGCCUUAGUUUACAAUUACAAGUUAGAUAAUUUAAUGAAUAUUAUUGCUCGAUUUAAUAAGCUGCGAUUUGAAAAAAGAUAUGGUGUCCUUGCUCAUAAACAAUUUAUUACUUGUCUCUCAGAAAUUAUUUAUAUUAGUCCUUCCCAUUUCUGUCAUACUACAUGUCAUACUUUGAACCAAAUGCCAAUAUUUGAAGGAAUUUUAUCAUCCCUUAUUAGUCAUUCAUUUGUUGUACAAGUGCAAAUAAUUAAGUGUAUACAAAAGAUAUAUUCUUUAAAGAAUAUUAAUUUUGAAUGGAAAGAAACAUUAUUUACAAAAAUAGAAAAAUCAAUAAGCAAGUUAACCAUUAACAAUGAAACAGAUGACAAAAUAAAGACAGACGAGAAGGAAAUUACAACAGCAAGUAUUUCACUAAUGCUUGCUGCUAUAAUAUCUACCAAUGGAACAUUUCAAUGUCGUGCAUUAUUAACAAUGUUACAGUUUAGUAUUGACAAAAUGGUAGAAAGUCAAAUAAUUUCAAAAUCAAUAAGUAUUAUAGCAAAUAAAAUCAAUUAUUCAAACAUCAUGGAAGAAAAUUUAAGUUAUUUAAUGACAUACUGGUUUAAUUCAAAAUAUUCAUCACAAUUAUUUCCUUGGAAUUUAACACAAUGUAAAUCAGAAGAACAAUUUUAUAAAAUAUAUAGUAAUACAAUAGCAUUUAUUAAAUUUCAAAAUCUAGAACUUUCUAGUGUCAUUUCCUUUUGCAAUUAUAUUAACUUAUCAUUUAAACAACUCAUUGAAAAUAUUUUUCCACAAAUUGUAUCAUGGCUAUUAUAUUGCAUUAAUGAAAAUAAUGAAAAUAGAUCAAAAACAUUAGUAGGAAAAAUAUUUUAUAAAUUAAAAUCAAAUCAAGACGAAUUUGCUGAAAUGAAGAAGUUCUCUAACUUGUUUAAAGAAAAAUUUGAAGAAAUAUUAAUAUUUCUUAUUGAAAGAUUACAUGAUGAAGAUUAUCUUGAAGAAAUAUUGGGAGAAAGAAUAUCAUUUGCAAUAUCAGAUCCUCCUCAUUUUAAAAACAAAACAAUACUUAUUUGUUUGAAGUACAUAGAAGAAAACUUUAUUAUACCAAAAAUGUCUAUACAAUACUUUUUAGUUUAUAAUUGCCCAAGAGUAUUACAAAAAAUAUUAUCACAUUUAAUUAAUAAUAUCUAUAAAAAGAAAUUUGUGGAACAUAAGAUAAAAGCUUUUCAUCAGUACAUAUUCUUUUGUUCAUUGAUUAUUAAAGAAUUGAAAGAAGAAUAUUUCAAUACAUUGUCUAUGUAUAUCAUAAAAGAUAUUGGUUACAGUUUACUUCACAUAAUUAAAUUAUUUGACGAUACCCUUUGUAAACUAGGAUGUAAAUAUUUUUACAAAUUUAUAAAAUAUGUUUCGUGUGUAAGAGUUGAAGACAUCAAAGAAAUUUUGAAUUUCACUGUCAUAACUUUAAUUCCUAUAGCACAAGCAGGGAAAAUACCUAUAACUCUAGAAAUACUUCGGUUCUUAAUAAUUGAUCAAAAGGAAAUAUUAUCUGAUGCAAUAGAGAAAUUAAAUUCAUUUCCAAAUGUUCCUAUAUUUUUAGAAAUACGAAAGAUACAUAGUGAUUUGAAAUAUAAAGCAAAGGAAAUUUAUAGUUUGGAACAAGAAGUAAAACAUUUUUUGUGUACAGUGACUGAUAAAGAUAUACAUUAUAGCAUAGAAGAUAUUGUUCAUUUACGAAUACAAUUAUCUACAAGAAAAGAAGAAUUACGAGAAAUGUAUGAUAAAGUUGAAACAUUUCAUGGUUUUUUUGAAGAUUGUACCUCAAGCAUAUUGCAUCGAUUGAUAUACAAACUCAUAAAAUUAACAGCAUCAUCUGAUAUAAAUGUCUCAAUUGAAGCUGUAAAAUGUUUAGGCGAAUUAGGACCAACUGAUUUGACAUCAAUGAUAUAUUUUGAAAAAAGUCAUGUUAAAGAAUCUUCUGAUUUAAUAGAAAUAUUAUCAUAUAAAAUAAUAAUAACAAUGGUACAAUUUUUAUUUCAAAGUGAUAUUGAGUUUCGAAAAAUUAGUGCUAAUAUACUGGAUGUUGUACUUUCAUCUUCUUGGGGACAAAAGUUGUUAGAUACUGAAUACAUGAACAAUCUAAGAACUGUUUUGAAUGAAUCACAGACAGUAUUACCUUUAAAUUAUAUUCAGCCAUUUAUAAAGAACAAAAACUCAAAAAUGAGCAACAUUGCUAUAAACUAUACAAAAAUUAAUAAUAUUAUAAAAUCAGAUAAUACCUUUUGGACAACUCUAUCCGAUGGUUCAUAUGCUAGUUGGAUUAUAGUAUUAACAUGUAAUGUUUUAGAGUGUUUUACAGGAUUUUAUUCUGAAAAUUUAAUCCCUAUUUGUACGUUAAGUACUGAUUUUUGUGAAAUAAUUUUACCAAGAAUUAUUUUUUUGGUAAUUCAUAUAGAUAAACGGUUUAUGAGUACCAUAUCUUUGUGUAUUAAUACAUUUUUUGAAUAUCAUUUUGAUUUUACAAUAAAAACAAACAUUCCUUCACAUAAAUUUACAAAUUGUGAUCAUUGUAUUGUACGUUGUAUGUUGAAUAUUGUGAACUACAUUAGAAUGCAAGUUCCAAACAAUGAUUUAGAAUUUAAUUAUAUAUGUAUUGCAAAAGCUGCCAAAUAUUGUUCAGCAUUUUUUACUGCAAUAUUAUAUGCAGAAAUGUCUUGUGAAACUAUUUUAAAUGAUUAUAAUAACUUUACUAAUAUCUCAAAAAUUGAUUAUGUCUAUGAAAAAUCAGCUGAACAAGGGAAAGUAAUACAAAAUAUACUUAGAGAUUCUUACGCUAAGAUAGGUGAUUUUGAUGCAAUUAAUGGCACUGGUUCUUCACAUUUGCAUGAUCAUUCUACUCGUAUUCAACAUUAUAUACAUACCAAUAAAUGGGAUAAAGUAAUGCCUGCACAAGAUGUUGAACUUUCUUCUGGGAAUAUGUCAGUAAUUAAAGAAAUGGCAAAUGGAUUAUAUCAGUCUGGUCUUCAUUAUUUACUUAGUAAUUUUAUAUCUACUAUGUCAAAUAAUGGUGUAAAAAUAGAUGAAGACAUUCAGUAUGAAUGUGCUUGGCGACUUAGCAAUUGGAAUAUUUGUGAGACAAAUCAAGCUUUAUAUCCACAAAAUAACUGUAAUUUAAAAGUAGAAGUAACUGAACAUGAUUAUCACUUUUAUCAUUAUGAAGCAUUAAAAUAUUUUCAUGAAGGUAAUGAGACAGCUAUACAGAAUGCAAUUCAAAAUGCUCGCAUAAAUAUUAUCAAAGCACUUAAGAAUAUUAAUCUAGAAAGUAGUAAAACUAUAUAUGAAAAGUUAAUGCAGUUGCAAUUAAUUAAUGAAAUUGAAGAGUUAAGCUUUGCUAAACAAGGCGAAUAUGAAAAAAUCUUACAUAAAUGGCAACAGCAGGAUAUUGCAAAUUUUAAUGAAUUUCAAUAUAUUGAACCCAUUUUAACUCAAAGAACUGUUAUGUUUCAAAUAAAUGAUACUUUAAUUAAUAACGCAAAUAUUAAAAGUGCGCUUUUUAAUACAUAUUUGCAAAUAUCAAAAAUAGCAGCAGAUAAAGAUAAUUUGCAUAUUGCUACACGUUCAUUAGAUAUCUUAAUAAAACAAAAGGGUAUACCAUCAAAAAUUCAAGAUCAAUUACUUUAUCAAGAAUCUUUAUUAGCACUAGUUAGGAAAGAUUUAGAUGUUGGACGAUUUCUUUUACGUAACUUAAUGCAAAAGGAAACUUUAGAUGCAAAAUUACGAGCACAAAUAUUAAGAGUUUAUGGAGAUUGGAUGGCUGAAACAAAAUCAGAAAAUCCCCAGACUGUGAUAGAAAAAUAUUACUUAAAAUCUAUAGAUAUAAACACAUUAAUUAGUACACAAGAUACUGAUACAAUUAAAGAUUUACAUGACACACAAGUAGCUUUAGCUCGUUUUGCUGAUAAUCAGUAUCAGCAAAUUAGUUCAUAUAUGAAAUCUCCUCAGUUUGAAAAUUUAAAAGAAUGUAUUACAUAUUCCUAUAAAGGAAUUAAUAAACAUUCAAUUAGUGAAGAUAAAGAUAUUAGAAGUGUAAUGAUUUUAAACCAAAGACAAAAUACGAAUGAUGUUGCAGAACUGGAACAUAUACAAAAAGAAAAAGAUAAUUAUUUGAUUUUAGCAUUAAAGUAUUAUUUAAUAGCACUACAGCACAGCGAAAAUUAUAAUUUGUUAAUAUUUAGAAUAAUUGCACUUUGGUUAGACAAUAUAUAUCAAAAGGAAGUUAACGAUUUAUUGCAAGAAAAUCUUAACAGAUUACCAUCUUUCAAAUUUAUUCCACUUGUGCCACAAUUAGCUGCGCACAUGAAUGAUGAAUUUAAUGAGUUUUCUGAAAAAAUAUAUAACAUUAUGCAACGUUGUGCUUUAGAACAUCCACAUCAUACAUUACCAGUUCUGUUAGCAUUAAAAAAUUUAUAUGGUGAUUAUGAUUAUAAUACAACUAGAAAAAGUAGAACUCUAGAACCAAGAGUUCUUGGAACACAAAAAUUGUUACAAGAAAUAAAAGAUUCAGAUAUAAAUUUAAUUAUACAAGAAAUGGAAAAGUUAUCACAUGCUUUAGUUAUGUUGGCGAAUCUUUCAACUACUUCAAAUAAGUCUGGUCAUGAAAUUAAAAUACCAAGAAAUCAAAAAAUUUUAAAGAUUAAAAAUUUUGAAAACAUAUUUGUGCUAACGUUAACAAUUGAUGUACGACCAUCCAGAAAUUAUAACAAUGUGAUUGGCAUUGCUAAAUAUACAGAAUCAUAUGAAACUGUUGGAGGUAUAAAUACUCCAAAAAAAUUAACUUGUAUUGGUACAGAUGGCAUAUAUAGACAUGAAUUAAUAAAGGGAAGAGAUGAUUUACGACAAGAUGCUGUAAUGCAACAAGUGUUUAAUGUAAUGAAUAUAUUGUUAAAAUCUCGUAAAGAUACUAAACGUAGAAAGUUAACAAUUAGAACUUACAAGGUUGUGCCAUUAACGCAAAGAUCAGGAAUACUUGAAUGGUGUGAUAAAACAAUACCUAUCGUAACUAUAUUGGUAGGUUCAGGUACUAUUCAAGGACUUCACGAGAAAUACUAUCCAAAGGAUUAUAAAGCAAAUUAUUGUAGAGACAAACUAGCAGCAGUGGGAAAAUCAUCAACUAAUGUAAAGUUGAAAGUAUUUAUGGAUUGUUGUGCACAUAUGCAUCCAGUGAUGCAUCACUUUUUUAUAGAAAGAUAUCCAUCACCUGAAACGUGGUUUGAACGCAGAUUAGCGUAUACACGCAGUAUAGCAACAACAUCAAUGGCAGGAUAUAUUUUAGGAUUAGGAGAUAGACAUUUAAGUAAUAUCUUAAUUGAUCAAAUAACUGCUGAAGUAAUUCAUAUUGAUUUUGGCAUAGCAUUUGAACAAGGUAAGGUAUUACCAGUUCCUGAAACCAUUCCAUUUCGACUUACACGAAAUAUUGAAGACGGUAUGGGUGUAUCUGGAGUAGAGGGAACAAUGAGACAUUGCUGUGAGAAAACAUUAACCGUAUUACGUGAUCAAAGACAAAUAAUUAUAACACUGCUUCAAGUUCUUUUAUAUGAUCCAUUAUUUAAAUGGACUAUAACGCCCGCUGAAGCACGUGACAUUCAAAGUGGAACUUCAUCAAAAUUAGUCGAAAAUAAUCAGUGUUCUAGAGCAACUAAUAAGACAGCAGAAAGAGCUCUUUUAAGAAUAGAGCAAAAACUACAAGGCACUGAAGAAGGAUUAGCAUCUAGUGUAUCUGGUCAAGUUGAAAGACUUAUACAAGAAGCUCAUGAUCCUAUGAAUCUUUGUCGUUUAUAUUGUGGAUGGCAACCAUACCUAUAAUAUUCCUAUAUUUUAUAAUCUUAAAAAAAAAAAAAAAAAAAAAAAAAAAAAAUGAAAGAUUUUAUCCAAAUGUGAUAUAAGUUUAGAAAUCACUUAUUCCAUAACACUACUUUAAAUGUAUGAUAUUUUUAUUUUAAAUUUAUUUAUUUUAAAUUUUAUACGAAUUAUAAAUAUAAAUAUGUACAUGGUGUUUCUGAAAUAUACAAGCGUGGUGUUUCUACAUACAAAAAUAAAUCGAAAAAAAGACGUUUUUUCAUUUAAAGUUUCACUUAUGAAAAAAAAUGAGUUUUUAAAUCUAUUAAGUACCUAAUUAAUAAAAUAAUUCUUAAAAAGUACUAAUCUUAUUUUUAUUUAUAAAAUUAUUCAAAAUGCAAAUUAAAUACAGAAUAAAGGAAAGUAAUAUCGAUAUCGCGGAAAUAAAAUAACAACAAUAACAGGAAGCAAAUCGUGGUAUUGUCCAUAUUUAAUAAUACAGAAAUAGAAGUUCAUAAUUUGAAAUAUCCAGUUAAUACACGGAUAUCUGAUGGGUUUUCAAACUCAUUUUUCUCAAGAACGAAGUCUUAAACGAAAAAGUGUUCUUUUUUCUUUUUCGACUUAUUUUUGCAUGUAGAAUCACCAUCCGACUGCAUGUACCAUAAUUUCAGAAAUGCUCUGUAUAAGUAACACCACUUAAAAAGAAUAAAAAAUGUAUAUAAAAAGUA